AUGAAGGCGUCAACAUCCACACGAAGGACCCUAAAAGCGACGACCAAAACAAUUCCAACAGCUGGAACGCGUCUCGCAACUGCUAAUCCUUCCUUAGCAAAACAGACCAUCAACAGCAAUUUAAAAACCCUAAAUAAAAUUUUGCAUGAACGCUCAAAUAUUACAAAUAAGCGCGUAUUAAGCGACUCCAAUAUCCAAAACAUUGAUGAUAAAAAUGCAACAUCUCAUUCAAAUGUCCAAACUUUGAUUAACGCGACUCUUUCGGCUAUUGGUGAAUUAGAGAAAAUGGAAGCAAAGUUGAAUCUUAGAGAAUUAGACCUCGAAAAGGCAUAUUCAAAUUUAAUAAAGAGCAUGAUAGACUUUGAUCUGCGAAAUAUUAUUGUUCUUAUUCCAUCAAAUAUACAAAAGACUGAGCUAUCUAAGGAAGAAAUAUGUGCUAAAUCACAAUUGUUUAAGGCGGCUGAAUCAUUAAGGCGGCCAUUGUGUAAAAUUGUGGAAUUCAUGGAAGAUGAUUCUAAGAGCAAAUCAAUGGGGAUAAUUUGUACUGUUAUUAAAGAAACCAUAGAAGAAAUUGCUUUAUGUUUAGAUAUAGUAUGCGUCAAUUUUCACCAAUAUAAGAAUUCUCUUAGAUGUUUUCCGAAAUGUGAAUUAAUUCACCUUUCGGAACUGGUUUCGACACAAGGAAUAUUUUCUGCGUUUCAACAAGUAUCAACUGUUUCAAAGUUAAUUGAACGCUAUAUUAAAUUGUCAUUUGUUGAUGAUCUGGACAUCAAUGUUUCAUUGCCACACGAAAUUUUGUUAGACGAUAAUAUAGAAUUAGCAGGACUAAUGGAAUACGAAUUGCGUGUGUUAAAAGCAUUUGAGGAUAAACUGAGCGGUUCAAAAGUAGAAGCACUAUUAAUUGAAAAACUAUUGGCAUUAUAUUAUGCAUUACUUUCGCACCUUCGUCCACAUUAUUUAGCCAUUGCAUAUUCUUGGAUUGGCAUCUUGACACUGGAAUCUGGAAAACAAGCUAUUAGCGCAUUUAAGCGUGCCUUGAUUAUUUGGAGAAGUAUUUUAGCAAACAUUCCUCUAUGUUUUGAUGGGAAUACUGCCUCGCAACAUGAUAUUGAAAAAACUAAAAAAAACAUUGAUGAUGUGGAAAGAUUCUACGGACAUCUUCGACUAAACAAUGGCAUCAAAGAUGAUGUAAAAGAUCCUUAUUCGGAUUCAGUAGCCUUAUACAUCCAGAUUGGUAAAAUUUACCUUAACCUUGGAUAUACGGGUAAAGCUGGAUUGGCGUUUUCGCAAGCAAAAAUCAUUCUUGAUUCUCAUAGAUGUGUCGAUGAUGUACAUUUGUCAUGGAUGAUUACCCAAAAUGAUGCCCGCCAUAGAAAACAUGAACAGUGUUUGUUGGCGGAUGCUUAUUUGACGCGCUCAUAUAUUUCAAUACGUUUGGAUCAAAUGAACGCAACUGUCAACCCGUUUCUUGUUGACGAUAAAGCAGCAGACGAGUCUAAUUUAGCUAAAGAUGAGAAUCAUAUCGGCGGAUUUUUGACGUUGUCAGCUCAACAAGCAGAUUAUUUUUUCAAAGAGGCUUUAAAUUUAAUUGAAGUUACAAAAGCAAAUUCUGCUAUGAGUCUUUUUUUACUUAACAUCGCUGAAUUAGAGUAUAGAAAGCAUUGCUGGAAAGAGAGUAAAGAAAAAUUGGAAAAAGCAUUAGAGUAUCAACUGAAGGAAAUUGAUCAAGUGAUUGAAUAUUUAACAAAAGUUUAUGAUCUGGCCUAUGAAUGUGGUCCAACACAGCUAUUGCAAGAAACUUCAUUGAGUAUUACAAUGAUGAAUGUAAUCAAAUCUUAUGGACAAGAUCAAAACCUUGAUCAGUCUGAAGUGGCAACUAUGUGUGCUUAUUAUUUGGAAAUGACUAAAGCACUUACUGCUAAAAGACAAAUGAUUGCUAAAUUGAAUGAAAAGUUACAAUUCUCCGUGACGUAUGAUGAUAUGCAAUGGCCAAAACAGAUUACAACAUCUGCAUGCUUAAAUGACAUCAAAGAUUGUGAUAAUGAUUCAAGCGAUGAAACUGAUUCUCAAAGGGAUUUUUUAAAAACUUUAUUAAAGCAAUAUACGAAAGAAUUAUCAUUAACUUAUGAACAGUUUCAAUCCGAAUUCUUGGACAUCUUGCCGCAUAAUUGGGUUGUUUGUUCGAUUUCUAUUGAUAUUGAAACGAAUGAUAUAGAAGGUGAUGAGGGUGGCUUUACCUAUAGUGAUGCGAUUAAGGAAUUCAAUGAUAUACUAGAAUUGAGUAAUCAAAGUAUGCGAGCUGGUAAAAUGUCACAGAAUAAACAUGAAAAGGUAGAAUGGUGGAAAGAAAGGACACAAUUGGAUUUGAGGCUUAAAGAAUUGCUUGAUAAUAUUGAGAAUUAUUGGCUUGGUGGUUUUAAGGGAAUUUUAAUGGCAAAUACACAUCAUGAUCCCAAUCAAAUUUCUCGUUUUAAAGAAAAAAUGGAUAGUAUAAAUUUUAAAUGUGAUGUGCGCAAACUGUCUGUUAAGCAUCAAAUAAAAAACAAGCUUGAUAUUGAUGUAGAAUUAUAUAAGUCGUUACUUCGUUUAG